AAAAAAAAGGGGGGGCAGAGAGAGAGACACACACACCGCGGCGAGCUGCGGAAGGGGAGGGAGGGGGGUUCGCGGCGAUUGGCUACAGCGACGGCGGCAGGAGCAGCAGCAGCUUCCCGAGCCUAACACGGCGGGUCCAGAGGGGAGCGGACAGGCUCGCUCUGCCUUGUAUUCGCUCACAAGAGAAGCAGCAGUGGCGGCGGCUACAGCCGACCGACUGGUGGAAGGUUUUAAAACAGCAUCAUGGCUCAUUCAAAGACACGAGCUAAUGAUGGAAAAAUUACUUAUCCACCAGGCGUUAAAGAAAUAUCUGAUAAAAUUUCUAAAGAAGAGAUGGUGCGGCGGUUAAAAAUGGUUGUAAAAACCUUCAUGGAUAUGGACCAAGACUCUGAAGAAGAAAAGGAGCUUUAUCUAAAUCUUGCUUUACAUCUUGCUUCUGAUUUUUUUCUUAAGCAUCCUGAUAAAGAUGUACGUUUGCUUGUAGCAUGUUGUCUUGCUGAUAUUUUUAGAAUAUAUGCUCCUGAAGCCCCAUACACUUCCCCAGAUAAACUUAAGGAUAUAUUUAUGUUCAUAACAAGACAAUUGAAAGGAUUAGAAGAUACAAAAAGUCCGCAAUUCAAUAGAUACUUUUAUUUGCUGGAGAAUAUUGCGUGGGUUAAAUCUUACAACAUAUGCUUUGAACUUGAAGAUAGCAAUGAAAUUUUUACACAAUUGUACAGAACAUUGUUUUCUGUUAUCAACAAUGGUCAUAAUCAAAAGGUUCAUAUGCACAUGGUGGAUUUGAUGAGCUCUAUAAUUUGUGAAGGUGAUACAGUGUCUCAGGAGCUUUUGGAUACAGUUUUAGUUAACCUAGUGCCUGCUCAUAAGAACUUAAACAAACAAGCAUAUGACUUGGCAAAGGCUUUAUUGAAGAGGACAGCCCAAGCUAUUGAACCAUACAUUACUAAUUUCUUUAAUCAAGUGCUUAUGUUAGGAAAAACUUCUAUCAGUGAUCUCUCAGAGCAUGUUUUUGACUUAAUUCUGGAACUAUAUAAUAUUGAUAGUCAUCUUUUACUAUCAGUUUUGCCACAGCUUGAAUUUAAACUUAAGAGCAAUGACAAUGAAGAACGCCUGCAGGUAGUAAAACUACUGGCAAAAAUGUUUGGAGCAAAGGAUUCGGAGUUGGCAUCUCAAAAUAAACCACUUUGGCAGUGCUACUUGGGGAGGUUUAAUGAUAUCCAUGUACCUAUCCGGCUUGAAUGUGUGAAAUUUGCUAGUCACUGCCUUAUGAACCAUCCAGAUCUAGCAAAAGAUUUAACAGAAUAUCUUAAAGUGAGGUCUCAUGACCCUGAAGAAGCCAUUAGGCAUGACGUUAUUGUAUCGAUAGUUACUGCGGCUAAGAAAGAUCUUUUGCUGGUCAAUGAUCAUCUACUUAACUUUGUGAGAGAGCGAACACUUGAUAAACGGUGGAGAGUGAGAAAAGAAGCGAUGAUGGGACUUGCACAGAUAUAUAAGAAAUAUUCCCUGCAGUCAGAAGCUGGAAAAGAAGCUUCAAAACAAAUUGCCUGGAUAAAGGACAAGCUGCUACAUAUAUAUUAUCAAAACAGUAUUGAUGAUCGACUGCUGGUGGAACGCAUCUUUGCUCAAUACAUGGUCCCUCACAAUUUGGAAACAAAUGAAAGAAUGAAAUGCUUGUACUACCUUUAUGCGACCCUGGAUUCAAAUGCUGUUAAGGCAUUGAAUGAAAUGUGGAAAUGUCAAAAUCUGCUGCGGCACCAAGUAAAGGAUUUGGUUGACUUAAUCAAGCAACCCAAAACAGAUGCCAGCAGUAAAGCUAUAUUUUCAAAAGUGAUGGUAAUAACAAGAAACUUGCCAGAUCCUGGCAAAGCUCAGGAUUUCAUGAAGAAAUUCACUCAAGUUCUGGAAGAUGAUGACAAAAUAAAACACCAACUGGAAAUGCUUGUUAGCCCAACAUGUUCAUGCAAACAGGCUGAAGGAUGUGUGCGAGAAAUUACAAAGAAGUUAGGCAAUCCCAAGCAACCUACAAACCCAUUUCUGGAAAUGAUAAAGUUCCUUCUGGAGAGAAUAGCCCCCGUGCACAUUGAUACAGAAUCUAUCAGUGCUCUUAUUAAACAAGUGAACAAAUCUAUAGAUGGAACAGCGGAUGAUGAAGAUGAAGGUGUGCCUACUGAUCAAGCAAUCAGGGCAGGUCUUGAAUUGCUUAAGGUGCUUUCAUUUACACACCCUAUCUCAUUCCAUUCCGCUGAAACUUUUGAAUCCCUCCUGGCUUGUCUGAAAAUGGAUGAUGAAAAGGUGGCUGAAGCUGCAUUGCAAAUUUUCAAGAACACAGGAAGCAAAAUUGAAGAGGAUUUCCCACACAUCAGAUCAGCUUUGCUUCCUGUUUUGCAUCAUAAAGCUAAAAAGGGACCACCUCGUCAGGCCAAGUACGCUAUUCACUGCAUCCAUGCAAUAUUUUCCAGCAAAGAAACACAAUUUGCACAGAUUUUUGAGCCACUCCAUAAGAGUCUUGAUCCAAGCAACCUUGAACAUCUGAUUACACCGCUGAUUUCUAUUGGCCACAUAGCCUUGUUGGCACCUGAUCAGUUUGCUGCCCCAUUGAAGUCUUUGGUGGCCACUUUUAUUGUUAAAGACUUGUUAAUGAGUGACAGGGUGCCAGGGAAAAAGACAACUAAGCUCUGGGUGCCAGAUGAAGAGGUUUCUCCUGAGACACUUGUGAAGAUGCAGGCUAUAAAGAUGAUGGUUCGAUGGUUGUUAGGAAUGAAGAAUAACCACAGUAAAUCAGGAACCUCUACGCUGAGGUUGUUAACAACAAUAUUACACAGUGAUGGAGACCUGACAGAACAGGGAAAAAUUAGCAAACCUGAUAUGUCACGCCUGAGGCUAGCUGCUGCUAGUGCUAUUGUGAAGCUGGCACAGGAGCCUUGUUACCAUGAAAUCAUUACAUUAGAACAAUACCAGCUUUGCGCAUUAGCUAUUAACGAUGAGUGUUACCAGGUUAGGCAAGCAUUUGCUCAGAAACUUCAUAAAGGCCUAUCAAGGCUACGGUUACCACUGGAGUAUAUGGCCAUAUGUGCACUAUGUGCAAAAGACCCAGUAAAAGAAAGAAGAGCUCAUGCAAGACAAUGUCUAGUGAAAAACAUAAAUGUGAGAAGGGAAUAUCUGAAGCAGCAUGCAGCAGUUAGUGAAAAACUUUUGUCACUUUUACCAGAGUAUGUUGUUCCAUAUACUAUCCAUCUUCUGGCACAUGAUCCUGAUUAUGUCAGAGUCCAAGAUAUUGAACAACUGAAAGAUAUUAAAGAGUGUCUUUGGUUCAUAUUAGAAAUAUUGAUGGCUAAAAAUGAAAAUAAUAGUCAUGCAUUUAUCAGGAAAAUGGUAGAAAACAUUAAACAGACAAAAGAUGCUCAAGGACCUGAUGACCCAAAAAUGAAUGAAAAACUUUACACAGUGUGUGAUAUAGCAAUGAACAUCAUAAUAUCAAAGAGCACAACAUAUAGUUUGGAAUCUCCCAAAGACCCUGUACUUCCAGCUAGAUAUUUCACUCAACCUGACAAGAAUUUCAGUAAUACCAAAAACUAUCUGCCUCCAGAAAUGAAAUCAUUUUUCACUCCAGGAAAGCCCAAAGCAGCCAAUGUUCUUGGAGCAGUUAAUAAGCCUCUUUCAUCAGCAGGCAAGCAGUCUCAAUCCAAAUCUUCACGAAUGGAAACAGUAAGCAAUGCCAGCAGUAAUUCAGAGCUGGAAAAACCCAGAGGUAGGAAGAAAAUCAUUACAGACUCAGAAGAGAAGUUGGGUAUGGAUGACCUGAGUAAACUGGGACAAGAACCAAAGCUUAGGAGUGGUCAGCGAGGCCGAAAGAGAGCAGCAGCUAUUUCAGAGUCUGAAGAACCUCAGUGGUCAGAAGAAAAGAGACUAAAGGAGGAUGUCCUAGAAAGUGAAGAUGAACAGAAUAGCCCACCAAAGAAAGGAAGAAGAGGUCGACCUCCCAAGACAGCUACACAAAAAGAAGAACCAGCAGUAAAGGCUCCUAAAAGAGGUAGAAAAAAAGCCACACCAGUUAAACCUGUAGAGGAGGAGGAGGAGGAGGAGGAGGAAGAGGAGGAGGAGGAAGAAAGGCAAAUGGAAAGCAUAGAGCAGAAGCCAAAAGGUCGGCAGUACAAGACACCAAGAAAAACACAACAGAGGACUGAAUCAUCUGAAAUAAGUACAGCAGAAUCCAACCAGUCUACACCACAGAAGAGACGAGGAAGACCACCAAAGACACCACCAUCACAGCAGAAAAAAGGAAGAGCUGGACGGUCAAAGAAAACAGCAAGUAAAGAAAAUGAAUCUAGUGAAGAGAUGGAUGUAUUUCAAAGUAGUUCUCUUGUUCAGGAUAUUCCCCAAGAAGUAACAAUGGAGGAAGAGGAAGUUUCCACAGUCAGAGUAAGCCGGAGGACAUCCAAAAGGGAAAGGCGAUGAACAAACUGUAACCAACCUUUAAAGUGACAUCUUUUUGAAGAAUAUGCUUAUUAUGCAUAUUUUCAGGCUGAAGAAAGGUGUUGGUGCUCACAUUUGGGUUGCUGAAGAAAGUUAGACCAAUCUUUAUUUCCUGCACUUGCAUUUGGAGUUCCUAGGUCACAAGCAUAAGCCACACACGUUAAUAUCAUUAACUGUGGAUUUUUGUGAAGUAUAAUGUGCGCUGGCUAUAUAAACACAUGGACUAAGAAACCACCUGUAAAUAAUACUUUUUAAAAAUGUUUCUGACUUCUAAAGUGCUUGUAUAGCUUUUACUGCGGCUUUAAACCUGACAGUACCAGACUGUUUGUUAGAUCUGUUUAUUUCCACACACAAAAAGAGGGGUGGGGAGUUAAAAUGGAUAUCAAGCAAUAUCUGUCAGUGUCUGUAUUUUUAUUUUCCUUGGCAUUUAACUGUGAAAAAAUAAUCAGCUUGACAAAAUAGUGACAUUUCUUCUGACACUAUUUGUUUGAAAAGAAAAUACAUGGUCUUUUUUUCUUUAUGUAUCUAAUCCAGUGUUUACCUGGCACCCAUCUGUCUUUGGAGGUGCCAAAUUGAUUUUGAAUGAUGUGGGAUAAAAUACUACAGCCAGAUGCAGAUUUGUGAAAGAAGAUUCAUUUUAUGCACCUCAGUAUUGAUCCCAGACUCCUCUGGACCUGUUGCAGCAUUGAGCAUUUAAAAAGGAUUUAAUAUUUUAAUUUUUAAAACGUGUUAUUAAAUAAUGUAAUGAGAGCUUAACCCUCUUAUUUUUCCUUGUUUUUGUUAAUCUGCUGUAUCAAUAAAAUUCUGUAACUGAAUUUUUAAUAGUCUAGUAUGUCAAUGUGUAUAUUCCCUCUAGAACAUUUAUGUUCGCAAAGAGCAAAUUAUUACAUUAUAAUAUGAAACUUAAUAUCUGAACUUUAGUGAAAAUGCAGGUUUUAUUACCAUGUAAAAAUCGGAAAGAAAAUUUUAUUGAUGCAGUCUGUCUUUAUAAAGCUGUUCUUUCUUCAGAGCCAAGUGUUUUGUAUUUCACAGUGAGUUGCAUGUUUAUGAAAAAAUGUAAUGAAAUUGCGAUGUAAUUUUUUAAGUCUUAUCUGGCUGUAGAAGAUGCUACAAUGCCUCAUGAGAAGAACAUUCUACCAAGA